AUGGAGAACUACGUGAUAGGCGUGUACGGAGAGAGCUUCCGUCCCGUUCUUCGGUGGGCUGCAGAAGCCGAACGCCCCGUGACGAUCGAGGGGGCACAGGCGGCGCACGACGGAGUACCAGAGCUGGAGACCAAGGUCAACCAGCUGUACGCGGCGCUGAUCAGCACGACGGCGGACGGCAGCGAGAGCAACGACCUCGUGACGGGCGCCCCCGAUGGGAACGGUCUCGAAGCCUGGCGGAAGCUCCACCGCAGGUGGGAUCCGACGACAGGUCCGAGGAAGAGGCUGAUCCUGAGGUCGAUCAUCUCGCCUCCGAAGUGCAGCGCGGACGAGCUGGGAUCAGCCUUAGAGAAGUGGAUCCAGCAGAUAGGCAGGUACGAACGCCGCCAAGGAGAAGAUGGUCUAGCCGAGCUGCCGGAGGAUAUCAAGAUGGCGGCCCUCGAGAUGCUCGUGCCUCAGGACAUCGAGAACCACCUCGUCCUCAACAAGCAUCGGCUCGUCACGUUCCAGGACAGUCUGAACGAGGUGAUGACGAUCGUGGAGGCUCGGACCGGCGUGAAGAUCAAGGAGCCAUCGAUCCGUGCGCGGGCACAUCAUCCGGACGACAUGGACGUCGGGUCAUUCGGAGCCCCGAAGGGCAAAGGCAAAGGCAAGGGCAAGGACGGCAAGAGCAAAGGGAAAGGCAAGACUCAGGAGCCGAAGGGGAAGAGCAAAUCGACGAACGGAUCAUACUCAGGGCACACGGCACCUCGAAGCACCAGCGGGCGCUUCGACGGCUACUGUCGGAACUGCGAGAGAUGGGGCCACAAGGCAUCCGACUGCUGGAAGAGAGAGCAGGGAUCGAGUACGAGGGCUGGAACUGGAUCCGCAACGGGGGCAAGCGCUGGUGGUAAAGUCGGUAGCCGCGGUGGCAAGGCCGGCGGCAAGGCGGCAGGCAGCCUGGAGGAGGAGCCUGAAGCGGAGGUCGCCGCUCUGGACAUGGGCAGCCUGGACUGCCUGGAGCUCGCCAGCGGCAGCGGCCGCGGCGUAGCGGCGGUCGAUCUCUCCCCCUUCGCGCAGGACGACUGGAUGAAGUUCAACUGGGACAGCGGUGCAGCUAUCUCAGCAUUCCCUCGAAGCUUCGCGUCGCCGACGGGAAUGAAGGGCAACGGCAGCACGUAUCGUACGGCCAGUGGUGAGCUCGUCCCGGACGAGGGCAGCUUGCAGCUCAAGGCGGAGGACGAGUACGGAGUGCUACGAGCGCUCAAGGGACGCGUGACGAACGUGCACAAGCCGUUGAUCUCGGUGGGGCAGGCAGCAGGAGCUGGACAGUGUUCAUUCCUGGGUCGCAAUGGCGGCUGGAUAUUCCACGAGAAGAGCCCAAUCGGCAAGCGCGUGGUAGGCAUGCUCGAGAAGGAGGCGAAGGCGGCGAAGCACCAGAUGCUGCCGGUCUAUCGCGAGCAGGGCGUCUACAACUUCUACCUCAAGAAGGGCCAACAUGGCUCGGUUGCUCCUCUCGAGGAGGGACUUUCGGCGAAGUCGAAGUCCGAGCUGGUGGAGCUCCUCAGCGGCAAGUCGAAGGAGGAGCUGCUGGAGAUCCUCGAGAAGACAGACGACGAGACGGCGGUGCCGGUGGUCUCGUCCGACUACGCCUUCAUGGGCCAGGACGACGCGGACACCAUGCCGAUGCUGGUACUUAGGGAUCGGCGCUCGAAGAUGAUGGCAGCGACAUUCGUGGAGAAGAAGGGCGACGACGCCUACGCCAUCAAGUUCUUUGCACGCUUCUUAAGGAUCCUGGGCUACAGGAAGAUCGUCAACAAGUCCGACGGCGAGCCAGCGAUCCUGCUGGUCAAGAGGCGUGCGGUGGAGGAGGUUCCUGGCCUCGAGGCCAUUCCCCAGGAAUCGGCACCGGCCGAUCAUCAGGCCAAUGGGGAGAUCGAGGUCACGGUGCGCGAGAUCAAGAAGCAGGUGCGGGCGCUCAAGAUGGACCUGGAGUCCAAGCUGGGCGUCAAGGUGGAGGACAAGCACCCGGUGCUAGCGCACCUGCCGGAGCACGCCGCAUCGGUAAUCAACCGAUACCGGCGCGGCCAGGAUGGCAAGACCGCUCUUCAGCGGCUCACGGGACGGCAGUGGAGGAAGCCGGUCCCGCUCUUCGGCGAGCGCUUGAUGGCGCGGUUCGCCGGGGAGCGCGCGAGGAAGAACGCGCUGGAGGAGCAGAUGGUGGAGGCUCGCUACAUCGGCCACCACCCGCGCGACGGCUCGAUGAUGGUCAUCACGAGCGACGGCGUGAAGAAGGCGGUCGGCUUUCGCAGCCUGCCGCAGAGCGAGAAGUGGAUCACGGCGGGCUGGGAUGGCCUGAAGGGCCUGCCGUGGGACGUGGCUCCGCGUGCGGCAAGCGCGCCGCGGGCCAUCGUCGGACCUGGAGAGGUCGGACCGCCACCAAUUGUGGUGGUGUCGCCGCAGCCGCAGGCGCCGAGGAGGAUGUACGUCCUCAAGGCGGACGUCGAGCGGCUGGGCGCAACGCCGGGAUGCCCAGGGUGCGUCUCGAUCGCCAAGCACGGCCGGGUGCUGGCUGGCCACGCGCACAACGCGGUGUGCAGCAAGAGGAUCUUCGAAGCGCUGGACGCGGAGGAGGCAGGCCGGGAAAGGACCGGCCAGUAUCGAGAACGGAGGCAGGGCCAAGAGGCCAGAGUCCGACCAGCGGCAGCGGCCGCGGCAGGGACCCCUCCGCCGAAGACGGCUCGGAGGAUCACCGAGCCGGUGGCAGCGGCGGCAGCGGCAUCGGCCGCGCCGGCCGCGGCCCGAUCGGCAGCAGCGCCAGCCGUGGCAGCCACAGCGGCGCGCAUGCGAGAGAGCCAGCCGGUAGCACCGGGCUUCGGCGUGGCGGCUCCUUCAGGAGGAGCGAGCUCCAGUUCGGGAGCGGCGCGAGCGGCAGAGGCCGCCGCGGAUGUCGACAUGACCGCGGCCAGGUCGCGGCUGAAGCGCUUGGCAGAGGUGGCCCCGGAUGACGUGCCGGAGGCCCUCGAGCGCGGUGAUCCACAGCCGGCAGACGUGCCGGUACCGGUGGACAUGGAGGAUCUCGCGGCGCAGCCGGCGCCAGCGGAAGGACCUCAGCUGCCAGCUGGAGUGGCAGUCGUGUGGAACGCCAGUGAGGGGAGGCACAUGCGGGUGCUCGCCCUCGAUGUGGCGUCGAUCGAGCUAGUUGAGCUCGGAGCGCUGACGAGAGCGAAGGCGGAGUUGCUCCCGCUCGUUCGCGAACAGGUCAGUGGCCAUUGGGCCAGCGCCGGCGUGGACAUCGCCGACGAAGAGGUGGACAGCAUCGCCCUAUCGGCGUUGCAGCUGGGCGCCGUGGACGUGGCCGAGGUGUACUCGCCACAUCGGUUCUCGGCUCGGGCAGCGGAAUUUCAGCUGCGCCCGGGCUUCGCGGCGGACCUGGAGGAACUCAAGGAGGACGGGACGCCGUGGGACUUGCGGCGCCCCGAGGAUGUCAAGGAGCUCGAGAGGCAGCAGGAGCGGAUGGAUCCCAUCCUGCUCACGGGGUCCCCUCCAUGCGAGAAGUUCAGCUUGCUGAGGGGCCUGAGCGCCAAGUUCAGGACCGAUGAGCAGGAGGCGGCUGAGAUGGAGGAGGCCAGACACCACCUGAAGGUGGCAGUCGACGCCUACUGGCGUCAGCUCAGGAAGCCAGGCAGGUACUUCCUGCAUGAGCAUCCCUGGAGCGCGCGAUCGUGGAAUGAGGACAUCGUCAAGGAGCUGGUCGCGCAUCCAGGAGUCUUCACGGUCAAAGGCCCCAUGUGUCGGUGGGGCAUGAAGCUCACGAACCCACGCAGUGGUCAGGAGGAGUUCGUGCGCAAGGAGACCGGAUGGGUCACCAACCAUCCAGGCUUAGCCCGGAGGCUGCAGGGCACUUGCAGCAAUGUGGACGGCCGCGCGGAAUGGCAUCGCCACAUCACGCUCGUGGGCGGCAUCGCGCGGUUCGCGAAGGUCUAUCCACCGAAGUUGGUAGAGGCGGUGCUGGAGGAGCUCAAGGACACGCUGAAUGACGUGGGAGAGCUCAGCACCGCCCAGGUGCAGCAGUCGGGCCCAGUCCCUGUGGACGCGGCAGUGCCGCCCGGGGACUGGACGAGUUACUGGGACGACGUCAAUGGCGGCUACCUGGAGGCGGGCCUUGUGGCCCAGGCUCGCGCGGUCGAGCGCGAGUGGGUCAAGAAGCAGGAGCUGAUCGAGAUCGUCCCGAGGUCUCAGGCUUUCGCCGAGACUGGGCGUCCGCCCAUCCCACUCAAGUGGGUCGACACGAACAAGGGUGACGCGGAGAGGCCCAACUACAGGAGCAGGCUCGUCGUGAAGGAGAUCAAGGCGAAGAAGCGCCCCGACGAGCAGCUGGAGGCGUCCGAGGUCUUCUCGGCCAUGCCUCCUCUGGAGGCCAUGCGGUCGCUGGUCUCGCUGAUGGUCACGUGGACGCGGGAAGCACCGCUCCACAUUCAGGAGUCGCUUCGCAAGAAGGGCAGGAAGCCGGGCAACUUCAAGAUCGGCUUCUUCGACAUCAGCAGGGCGCACUUCUACGGGAAGGAGAGUCGCAAGGAGUACGGCGAGGACAAGUGCGGCCUACUCCUCAAGUCCUGGUACGGCACGCAGGACGCCAGCAAGAUCUGGCAGGGCGACUACACGGAGCUGCUGGAGGAACACGGCUACAAGGCGGGCGUGUCGUGCCCAGCGGUCUUCUACAAGGAGGUGGACGAGACGAGGCUGCUGGGGCACGGCGACGACUUCGCGGUGCUGGCUCAGCAGCAGGACAUCGACAGCUUCGAGGCCACGCUGGGCAAGAAGUACGAGUUCAAGAAGACUGCGAACCUAGGCUUCGACGAGGGCGAUGACAAGCAGGCGGUCUUCCUGAAUCGGGUCAUCGAGGUCAGUGCGGGAGUUCCGCCUGGCGGUGGCCGGCCCUGCCGGCAUGCGAUGAUCGAGCCGGACAAGCGGCACGCGGAGAUCGUGAUCGACGAGCUGGGUCUCAGCAAGGCCAACGGCGUGGACACGCCGAUGGAGAAGCGCAGCGCCGACAAGCAGAUGAUGGAUGCGAAGUCGGCGGCGUUGGGAGCAGCGGAAGCUUCGCGCUUCCGAUCCCUCACCAUGAGGGUGGCCUACCUGUCUCAGGACAGGCUGGACUUGGCAGAGGCAUCGAAGACGCUCGCUAGGUCCAUGCAGACGCCAACGGAGGCGAGCUGGCUCAUGCUCAAGAGGGUUGGCCGCUACCUUAAGCGGCAUCCUAGCACGGUGACGGUUUUCACGGAGCAGAAGAUGUUCGACAAUAUCCGGGUGCACGUGGACUCUGAUCAUGCAGGCUGUGCAGUCACGCGGAAGAGCACAGGAGGCUUCGUGGCGAUGCUAGGGCAUCAUGUAGUCAAGCACGGCAGCAACCUGCAGUCGACGGUUUCAUUGAGCAGCGGGGAGAGCGAGUACUACGCCCUGGUGAAGGGCGGGAGCGUGGGCCUAGGCCUUCACAGCCUCUUCGCGGAUUGGGGGCUGGACCUGAAGGUGGAGCUUGCCUCGGAUUCAUCGGCGGCCCGGGGACACGUCCAACGGCGAGGUCUCGGGAAGAUGCGACAUGUUCAAUCACGGUACUUGUGGAUCCAGGAGCGUGUUGGCAAGGGCGACAUCUCGAUCGCUGCGGUUCCUGGCAAGAACAAUGUCGCGGACGUGCUGACCAAGAGCGUGGGUGGAUCCCUUUUGAGGAGACACAUGGCGACGCUGAACAUCUGGGAUCGGGCACCGAGUUCGACUCAGAAGGACUUCAAGUGA